CUAAUACCGUUUUGUCUUUUCUGCUGUUGGUUGUUCGUCGAAAGAUUGCUUCUGUUAAACCGUUACUUGUUCGGCUGUUGUAGGAUUGUUCGAAGUAUUUUCUAUCGCAAAAUGAUCAGGUUCAUAUUGAUACAGAAUAGAGCAGGGAAAACAAGGCUGGCGAAAUGGUACAUGCAUUUUGAUGAUGAUGAAAAACAAAAACUGAUUGAAGAAGUUCAUGCUGUGGUGACAGUUCGCGAUGCUAAGCACACAAACUUUGUCGAGUUUCGGAAUUUCAAAAUUGUGUACAGGCGAUAUGCAGGGCUCUACUUCUGCAUUUGUGUGGACGUGCAUGACAACAACCUUGCUUAUCUUGAAGCUAUACACAAUUUUGUUGAAGUUCUGAAUGAAUACUUCCACAACGUUUGUGAGCUUGAUUUGGUGUUCAACUUCUACAAAGUUUACACUGUGGUCGAUGAAAUGUUUCUUGCUGGGGAGAUACGGGAAACGAGCCAAACAAAAGUCUUGAAGCAGUUAUUGAUGUUGCAAAGCUUGGAAUAAAUUCAUUUAUGAAUCAGAACUUGUUGGAAUUCUAUAAUCACCUGGCAUUUUGUGUAAUCAUUGCCAUUCGUAUUAUAUCAUGACAUGUCCUUGGGGCAUGUCUCUUCUACUGCUUAUAAUUAUGUUAACUUAUUUACAUGCAUUUUGUUCGAAUCCUGAUAAAAAUUUUCACUUUUAUCAGUUUAUCUUAGGUGAUUAAAUUAAAAAAUAUUGGUUGAAGUUAAGAAAAUUAAGAUCUUUAAUUGACUUCCAAAUUUUUCUGUUUUUUUAUGCUCAUACUGUUGAUUUAUUAUAGCAGUUGGAAGUUUUGAUUUCUUACAGAUUGCUAUAUUUUCUAUUCAAUCAUAUUUGGUGUGCUGCUCUGGUACAUCUCAACAGGACUAUCAAUUAAAAAUCUGCAGAAUAUGAAAACAUAAAAUCAAUCUGUAAAGAUAAUGUGAGCCAGUAAUAACGAGCAGCUAUAUCACAUAUCUGCAUGACAUAAACAUUGGUGCUUUUCAUCCUUAAAAUAAAUUGGCUUGCUUAUACUUUGGCUGUCUCACCAACUGAGGUUCGGCUGUCUCAUAAUGUUGAUUAUCUCACUUUAAAAUGCCCAUUUUUUGUAUUUCAUUCCUGCUAUUAUUUGAGGAUGAUUCUCUGCAUUUUUCUGGCCAAAGUAUAGUCUAUAUUGUACCUUGUAUCAUUGUACCUGAAGUGUAAAGUCAUAUUGUAUUGGUAUUUAAUAGUGCAAUAAAAUGUAUAUACCCUCAACAAAAAUAUGUAUAUAUGAUAUAUGCUCAAGAGCCUUAAGUGACUAGGACUCUCCUUCUGUUUCCACUGGGAGGUAUUAGUUUACACCAAAUAACGGGACGAGCAUCUUUAUUGGAUAUACAAAUGGAUUUAUCGCGAUUGACUUAAACCAAGCUUCUGUCAUUUAUUUGGAUGUUUCAUCAUCCUGCAACUGCUCCUUUAUCACUCGAAUUAGGUAAUUUCCCCCAAAUUACCUAUGCUAAUUUAGUAGAUAAAGUUUGUAGUUAGACAAUAGAUUUGAGCUUAUUGAUAAAAAGGAUGCAAUCUGCUAUAUAUUUAUUGAUUUUUUCGCUUAAUUAUUGCAGUCUUUUUCGAUUCGGUAAACACAAACUCAGUAAGCAAUCCACCAUCAAUAAAAUUAGUUGUCAAUUGGCAGUUUGUUUAUCAGCAUAGCGCAGCUACAUGUCUUGCACUAACAAUAUUUCUCGAUCAUAACAAUAAAUCUAUAUAUAUGAUAGUUGUUUUCAUCUCAUUUGUUCAUCUGUUAUGUUUCCAUGUUUAG